UAAUUUGUAAUAAGUAGCUAUUGCCCCUGUGAAUUCACUACUAAGUCCUGUAAGCUUCUCGGCUGUUACUAUAUCUUGCAAAAGUCCAUCUAUGAACGUACUCUGAAUGUCCUGUUCUCCAUCACUGGCAAAAGGUAACAUGUUCUGACAUAACAUCAGCAUUCCCAAUUUCUCCAUGUUGUCCAUCAUUUUAAGUAUCUUGGCUCCCAUUUCCUUACUCUUCUUUUUCCUCAUCUCCAAGAGCCACUAGGAGAAGCAGCAUGUCAUUCAACCUGAGGUCUAAAUUGUCCUCCUCCUGAUUCUCCCCCAAAUUUCACGCCACCUUCCUUCCCACCCAGGCAGGAACUCUGACACCAGAGCAGAUCACUGAAUACAAGGGCAUCUUCGAGAUGUUUGAUGAAGAGGGGAACGGCUUGGUGAAGACGAACGAAUUGGAAAGCCUCAUGAGUUUGAUUGGCAUCAACCCCACCAAGCGAGAACUGGUCACGAUGGCCAAGGAUGUCGACAAAGAGAAUAAAGGUACCUUCAACUGUGACGGGUUUCUGGUGUUGAUGGGAAUUUACCACGAGAAGGCAAAAAACCAGGACGAAGAACUCAGAGCAGCCUUUAAAGUCUUUGAUAAAGAACAUAAGGGCUACAUCGAGUGGAACACACUUAAGUACGUAUUGAUGAACGCCGGAGAACCAUUGAACGAACAGGAAGCCGAACUCAUGAUGAAAGAAGCAGACAAGGAUGGCGACGGGACCAUUGAUUACGAAGAAUUCGUGGCCAUGAUGACGGGUGAAUCCUUCAAACUGACCCAGUAAGACCUUCAAGAAACUUUUCGGUUCACCUCUGUCUGCUUUCUCUCCCUUCGAUGAUGCCAAGAUGCCAAAUGGGUAAUCGUGGCAGAACCUGGACGUCAAACAGCAACACGCAAAAUCACAGCCUUGGCAACAUCGAGAGUCCUUAAGCUGAGAGAGCCGUGAGACAAAUCUUCCUUCUUGAGCUGAGUCUACGUGAUUUCAACCUCCAGCUACAUUCGGGACAAGCCAGAACUGGACGCUUUACCCUCGUCGAGCAGUCUGAUCAAUAAAGCUUGGGUCAAAUUCAACAAACGAGGUUUCAGAAAAAAAUGGGGUAAAUUUGGUACUUUCCAGGCUGUGUGUGCUUCUAAGCUCCCCAGGAGAUGCUCAACUGAAACAUCGGGUCUUCUGCUAAAUUGUAACCUGGUUUGCUAGGUGCUGGCUCAGUGGGUUGUGUAAAGCUGCCAUUUUGGUAUUAAACCAGGAUUAUGGCUUCAACCCAGCCACUUCUGUUUUAAAUCGACGCACCUUUUGGUUACAUUACUGUUUUCUGCAAAAGUCAGGAGAGUUGAGAUGAGAAAGAAACGUUUCCCAAAGAGAUGAGUAGUUAGUUAUUAUUUCUUUACCUCCAGCCCUCGAAAAUGCCAGGGCUAAACAAGUCACAAGGCUAGGAAUUUUUCUCCUCUACCUUACAAGGAGGAACCUCCAGCACCAGCAGGAGUUUGGGCUGUGAAACAGGGGCUCUCCAGGGGCAAUGAAUGAUUCAAACAGAAAGAAACAACAGAACACACAAAUUUCUGAAAGGUUACUAGUAUUAUUAGAGACUAUUUCAGAUUCGUUCCAAAAUUUCUGCCGAUUAUCUAUGAAAAAUUAGAUCAGUGGGAGAAAACUAACCUGGGGGACAUUGAUAUCAGAAUUCUCCCAAUAUGCUGAGCUUCUAUAUAUACAAACACGCACACACAGAUAUAAACAUAGACGUUAUUUUUUAAGAAGAGUACCUAAAAUACAAAAAACACUUCGUGGUCCAGCAGAAUACUGCUAGAU